AUGGCAGCCCCUCGUAACGCAGCGUUUGCGGAAGAAAGUGCAGAGGUGGAAGUGCUGAUAGCGUCGCUGGCCAAGACCAAGGACCUGACGAAGCGAAUCGCCGCCAGUCUGGUGCGGUUAGAAGUCAGCGGCCAGAUCGUCAAAGAAGCGAUCGGCCCGAUCUACAGCAACACGCAGCAAUUGGAGACCACGAGUCGAAACAUCGAAAAGGUCAAUGAAGCCAUCGAACGACUGCGGCAGCCGCUCGACGCGCGCGGCCGCGAAGAAGGGAUCAUUCGGGCAGGCCCGAAGAGCUCUGGACUGCCGCAAUACCUCGGGGCGCUGAGACGCGUCGACAAGGCUCUGACGGAUCUAGGCUCGACCAACCUGCGAGCCAACCAAGCAGCCAUAUCUGAGUUCCACAACCUCCUCUUAACGGGAAUCAACCAGCUCAACGAUACAUACCGGCAAAUGCUACAGGAAGAUGCCCAGCCCAUCGAGCCUCUGCAUUACAUCACCAAACAGAUCCCGUUCCCAACAAUAGCACAAGACAAAGUGCAGUAUCUCAGCCAGAUGGCCAAUGCGAUCGCCUCGGCCGGCGCCCAGUCCGCGCGACUGGGCCAGCGUGACGAUGACGCCGCAGCGCGCAUCUACGCCGAAGUACGAGGCGACUAUCUGCAUAGCAGCCUGCAGAAUCUCGCCACUGCGUCGAUAAGCACGUCGAGACGCCGAGAAAAGGACUCGGCCAUCUACCGCGAAGGCUCCAGCGGCAUUGGCGCCUACGCCAACGCAGUGGAAGCCAUGUUUCUCGCAGAAUCCGAAAACACAUCCCGGAUCUUCCGCGGCGACGCGGGCAAAGUGUUGUCCAUGACCUGUGCCAAAGCGCUGGCCACAUUCACACGCACCCUCUCCGAACUGAACAGUGUGAUCAAGUCGCGCAUCCUGACCGACUGUUUCCUCGCGUACGAGAUCCUCGACCUGAUCACCCCUCUGGGCUACCGCCUAGAAUCCCGCACCGGGCAACUGCGACCUCAAAUCGUCGAUGCGCUUCGGCCCGUUCGCGACACCGCCCGCGCCUCGCUCGGCGAAUUGAUCGUCCAGACCAAGAAACAGGCAGACUCGAUCACGACGCUCCCGCCGAACGGCAGCACGAUCCCGCUGGUCGCGCAGACCGCGCAACGUCUGCAGAACCUCGCCACGUUCGACCGGCCGCUGCUCGUCCUGUUGGCGUCGAUUGGGGACGGUAAAUGGCGCUCCGCAAACACCGCCGGCGCCGGCAUGUCGUCCAAUUCGAGCCUCAAUCUCGAAUUGACCCCCUCGACCGAAAACCCGACCCUGCUAUCUCACUAUCUUCUCGACAUUGUCGACACGCUUCUCGGCGCCCUCAAUGCCCGUUCGCAAAUGCUACACUCCAAGAAAUCCCUCCAGGGCAUCUUCCAGCUGAACAAUGUGGCCGUGCUCACUCGCGCCGUGCAGUCGUCGCCCGACCUCGCCCGCUACUUGGGGAUCAAUCCGCACAAUGCGAAGCUCGACGCCUUCCGCAAAUCCGGUUCGUCGCUGUACUUGUCCGCAUGGCGUGAUCCGUCGACGUAUCUACUGGAUACUAUCCACACGACGGGGGCGGCGCGGCCGCUGUCCGGCCAAGCGAUCGAUAGUACGAGCAUCAUCAAGUCGCUGUCGUCCAAAGACAAGGACAAAAUCAAGGAGAAGUUCAAGCUGUUCAAUGCCAGUUUCGACGAGUUGGUCGUCAGGCAUAAAUCCCUGCACAUGGAGAAUGAAGUCCGGAGCUCUAUGAGUCGUGAGAUCCAGGCCAUGAUCGAGCCUUUGUACGCCAGAUUCUGGGAUCGCUAUCACGAGGUCGAUAAGGGGAAGGGGAAGGUUGUGAAGUACUCCAAGGGCGAACUUUCCGCCAUGCUGGCGAGUUUAUAA